GAAGUGCAGAGUUCGUUUUGUUUGGUAGUUUAUGUGUGUAAUUAACUCUGGCUAGUCGUCCUUAAUUGUAAACUAAUCAAAACUUUCAACAAAGCCACUGCUGGCCGGCUGCGCGCACUGGAGGAGAUGGCUUCGGGAACUGCAUUGAUCUACGAUGAGGAGAUGACUCGCUACAAACUGCUCUGGGUUGAUCCGGCGUGUAAGAUCGAGGUUCCCGAGCGCCUCACUGUGAGUUACACUGCGCUGCAGAAACAGGGUCUGACCCAGCGCUGUGUCCCCCUCCCCAUCCGGCAGGCCACAGACGAGGAGAUCCUGCUGGCACACAGUGAGGAGUAUCUGGAAGCUGUAAAGAAGACCCCGUACAUGAGCUUGGAGGAGCUGAUGACAUUCACUCAGCAGUAUGGAGAUGUGUACUUCCACCCGAACAUCUACCACUGUGCCAAGCUGGCCAUCGGGGCCACCCUGCAGCUGGUGCACAGUGUGAUGACCGGGCAGGUGAGGAACGGCAUGGCUUUGGUCAGGCCUCCGGGACACCACAGUCAGCGGAGCGCUGCCAGUGGCUUCUGUGUGUUCAACAAUGUGGCCAUCGCUGCUCUGUAUGCCAAGAAGCAUUUCAACAUCAGCAGGGUGCUGAUCGUCGACUGGGACGUGCAUCACGGACAGGGGUUGCAGUACUGUUUUGAGGAGGAUCCAAGCGUGCUGUACUUCUCCUGGCACCGCUAUGAGCAUCAGAGCUUCUGGCCCAAUCUUGCCGAGUCGGACUAUGACAGUGUGGGCAAAGGUCGAGGGGCUGGCUUUAACAUCAACCUGCCCUGGAACAAGGUGGGGAUGGAAAACAGCGAUUACCUCUCUGUCUUCUUUCAUGUGCUCCUCCCUAUCGCCUAUGAGUUUGACCCAGAGCUGGUGCUGGUGUCAGCAGGAUUUGACUCAGCCAUUGGAGACCCAGAGGGUCACAUGUGUGCCACGCCAGAAAUCUUCGCCCAUCUGACUCACUUGCUGAUGCCUCUGGCAGGGGGGAGACUCUGUGCCAUCCUGGAGGGCGGGUACAAUUUGACCUCUCUCGGCCAAUCAGUAUGCCAAACAGUACAGACUCUCCUGGGAGACCCUGCCCCCAGGCUAUCAGGACUGAACGGCCCCUGUCAGAGUGCCCUGGAGUCCGUGCGGUGUGUCAGAGCUGCGCACCGCCAGUACUGGGGCUGUCUUAAACACACAGCUGAAGCACCGGUCCCAGAGCCCAGCACCAAGCGCUGCCGGCUGGAGGAGGGAGGCGGGGAGGGGCCAGGAGUGCCGGCUCAGAAGGAAGAGGAGACACAGGAGGUAGAGUGGCCGGAACCCAAACCCCGACCGGCUCCCUCCAUUCGGACAGCAGUGGCGUUCCCUGCUGGUGUGGAGGACUCGGUGCCAGAGGGCUGCCUGCAUGUGACGGGGACACCGCUGAGCCAGAGGGAGGCGGUAAAGGGACUGAGGAAUCCUGAUCUCGGAGAGCUGAAGGAUGAGACCCUUCUGCAGUCCCUGGGAUCUGUCUUUUCACUCCUGGAUAAGAUUGGGAAAGAGGAGAUACGGAAUGGCCUGGCUGUGGUGCCUGAUGUGUCCAUAGCAACAGCCUGUGUGGUGCAGCAUGCUGUAACCUCUCUCUCUGACAGAGUGCUGCUGGUCUUUCUGGGGGAUGGGGAGGUACCAGUGGAAGUCACGGAUGAUGGUAAGGUGCUUGCAGUACAGAUCUGCAGUAAAGAACCAGAGGACAGAAAAUCCAAGUACCACGUUCCUGUGUGUCUGAAGCAGGGCGGCGGCGAUGUGCCAGGGUUUCUGCAGGCUGUCCUGGGCCUCCUGCUGCCCCUGGCGUAUGGGUACGACCCCGGCUUGGUGCUGGAGGUGGUGGGUGAGGGCAGCGGGGUAGGAGAGGGGGCGUUGGCACAUCUCUCCAGCCUGCUGCAGGGCCUGGCACAGGGGCAGACCGUGGCGCUCAUUCAGCAAGACGCUGAGGGGGAGACUCUGAGGGCCACAGUCCGCUCUCUGAUGGGGGAACCCGUGCCUGCUUUGGGUCCCCUGGGGGCCCCUCUUCCAGAGAACACGCAGGCGAUAGAGGAGCAGAGGCGGAGGCUGCAGUCGCAGUGGGGGCUGCUGCGAGCAGCAGGGGACCCAGGGACAGCCGCUGCAGAGCACUGACAGGAGCAUCACGCCCCCUGGUGGUGAAUCCCUGCCAGAGCGGCCCUCCACGCGUUACACAGCCGCGCUCCACAGACUCCUCCCUCAGGUCCCGAGACUGCCACAAGC